GAUCAGAGGUGGUUGAUCUUGAUGGAAAAAGUUCCCUUCUCUACAGAUUUGAUCAAAACUCCCUGAGCCCAGUAAAGGAUAUUAUUUCUUUGAAAUUUAAAACUAUGCAGAGUGAUGGAAUUCUGCUCCACCGGGAAGGGCAAAAUGGAGAUCACAUCACACUGGAAUUAAGAAGAGGAAGACUCUUUUUACUUAUUAAUUCAGGUGAAGCCAAACUGCCCUCCACUCACACGCUCAUCAAUCUCACCCUGGGCAGCCUGCUGGACGAUCAGCACUGGCACUCCGUGCUCAUCCAGCGCGUGGGCAAACAAGUCAACUUUACAGUGGAUGAGCACAGGCACCGUUUCCACGCCCAGGGAGAAUUCAGUUACCUGGACCUUGAUUAUGAGAUCAGCUUUGGAGGGAUUCCAGCACCUGGAAAAUCAGUGUCAUUCCCCCGUAAGAAUUUUCAUGGGUGUCUAGAAAACCUUUAUUAUAAUGGAGUAGAUGUCAUUGAUCUGGCCAAGCGACAAAAACCAGAGAUCAUCACUAUGGGAAAUGUGUCGUUUUCCUGUUCACAAUCACAGUCUGUGCCUGUGACUUUUCUCAGCCCUAGGAGUUACUUAGCCCUGCCAGGCUUUUCCGGGGAGGACGAGCUUUUGGCCACGUUUCAAUUUCGAACCUGGAACAAGGCAGGACUUCUGCUAUUCAGCGAACUUCAGCUGGUUUCAGGGAGUCUCCUCCUCUUUCUUAAUGAUGGAAAACUUAAGCUGAAUCUCUUCCAGCCAGGAAAAUUACCCAGUGACAUCACAGCAGGUAAUAAGUGUGUUCCUGCAGUGUUUUUGCUGCUGCUUUUGCCUGAAGGUGAAAAUCAGGCCUGUAAAGCAGCUUCUUGCCGUCAUGAGCAGGCCCUGGUGAUGCAGGCGUGCAGA